AUGUACUCAGGCACAGACGAAUACGACCUGCUCGAUAACAGGCUCGUGUACGCUGAGGACCCGCAGAUGCAGCUCCAGCUGCAGAACCUCGAGCAAGAAGAGCUCAAGGAGCCGGACCUCGACCCCGUAUUAAACCUCUACUAUCCCAUGGCCACUGCUGACCCGCUACCGGACCCGCGAGUCGCGGGUCCGGCCAGCUGGAGCGGCAGUGCCGCCGGCAGCUCUGCCGGCUCGCUUUUCAGCCAGGCCUCGUCGUCAUAUUACGACAUGGACUUCUACACGGCGGUCCCGGGCUCGGGCCCGGUGUCCGGUUCUAUCUCCGGGUCUAUCUCCGGGUCUGUAUCCGGCCUCGGGCCCGGCCUCGGACACAGGCUGGGUAACGCCGGCGGCUACCGAGACGAGAGGGGUGGCGCUCUGGGCUACGAAGCGGGACUAGAAGCGGCCGCGGAUAGUGGCGCAGGAGGAGCCGUGUCGCGUGACCGCGACAUCGCGAGGUUUGGGUUUCGCGUUGCCACUGGACACGGAAUGGGCAUCGGCCCCGGUGCCGGCGCUGACGAUGACGACGACGAUGACGAAGACGCGGAAGACGACGACGACGACGACGAGGCCGACGGCCGCCUGGAAGCGGAGCACGAUGACGACGACGAAGACGGCUCGGACGGCCUGCCGCAUCUGCCUCGACAACGGCGGUUUUCGUCGCGCACGCCGUCGUCCAACACACUGAGCAGCUCGGCGGCGGGUGGUGGCAGCGGCGGCUCUGCCGCCGCUGCAGCCGCAGGGGCUGCUGGGUCGAAAAAAGUUUCGGACUCGCGGCUGUCCGCGCAGGGACUCGCAGAGGUGCUGAACCUGGACUCCGCGGAAGAGGCGCUUCGUCGGGAGCGAUUCAUCCUCGACAUUUUCGAGCGAGAGCUACACUAUCCGCUGGGCUACAAGACUUGGGUGCGGGACACUUCCAAGGACUACCGUACGCGGCUGCUAGACGAGCUGCACCAGAGGGUCGCGCGCACGUACCCGGAGUACGACAAGCCACUUCUCGAGACCAUAAUCCGUCGUGCGACUUACUACAUGAUGCAAAGCCGGCUUCGUAGAGAACGGCGGGCAAAGGCCAAGAUCAAGCGAGACCAGGAACGGAAACGGGAUCCAAAGCGGCGCGGGUCUGCGUCCCGCGCAGCUAAGAUUGGAAUGCCACGUUACAAUGGCACCGCGGGUACCGCAGGCACCGCGUUCAUGCUGUAA